CGACAAGCUGUCGCCCGUCACAAAAAUUAUAAACACGCACGGAGGAAAACCUGCUGAAAACUGACAAUGGCGGAGUUGGACAUUGGAAAACAUUGCAGCGUAAAAUCCUGCAAGCAGCUCGAUUUCUUGCCGUUUCAGUGCAAUGGAUGUUCAGGGAUAUUUUGCUUGGAUCACCGAAGUUUUGACGCCCAUUGCUGUUCACAGGCCAACAUAACCCACGACCACAAAGACUUGGACGCGCCCACCAGCUAUGGAUGCAGUUUUCCCGAGUGUCCAGACAAAGAACUGAUUCCUGUGAGCUGUCAGCAUUGUAGGAACAACUACUGUCUCAGCCAUCGCCACCAACAAGAUCAUGACUGCACCAAGCUGGAAGAGACGGCACCGAGAAUGGCCAAGACAGCCGAACUGGUGGAGAAAAUCCAAGAGACUUACAAAGCCAAGGGUUCCGCAGCCACUAAGAGGAAGAUUGGGGCAAAGUCUCAGAAGACGGCAGCUAAAGUAGCAUUGAUGAAAUUGAAGAUGAACGCGCUAGGAGACAAAGCUAUCCCACAGACGGAGCGACUGUACUUCCGAGUUGUUCUUCCCCGCGGCCAGGGCCAGGACCAGGGCCUCAAGAGCCAAGCUGUCUUCUUUUCCUCUCUAUGGAGUGUGGGGAGGGCUGUGGAUAAAGUCGCCUCCAUCGCCAAACUCAGGAACGAUAAUAACGUUGCAACGGCCAAGAAAUUAAGACUGUUCCAUCCUGAAACCGGGGAUGUUCUGCCUAUGGAAAGCAGGCUCAGCACCCUUUUGGAGGGAGAGACACCCCUGUACAAUGGAGGUUGCCUCGUCCUGGAGUACGUUGACAAUUCCUGCACCGUCUUGGAAAAUGUUGACGAGUAUUUAUAACAGAGAAACUGCAUCAGCUCACUUCAAAAUUGAUGCCCAACACCCCAAAAGCCCCAUCAAAUAAAAAUCCAAGAUGGCGGAAAGUUGGAGUGUGGCCCUUGUGUUGCUAUGGUAAUGUAUGAGCCUGAAAGGGUCGCACUGGACAUUUGAUGCAUUCUUUCCAAAUUUUUACCCAAAUUUUGUGUCAAAGAGGACCUGAAGCAUAAAAAUUAAGAUGUAAAGCUUUUUUGUAAGUUUAAAAAAAAACCAUCAUCUGUCGACCAAGAGAAAUAUUGUUAAAAAGUCAAAAUAUUAUUAUAUAUUCAAGAUAAUAACUCCCAGGUUUCCCUUGGGACAAAACAAAACGCCCUGACAAACGCCACUAAGAUGUGAAUGCAACAGUGAAAUCUCCGUCAAAAUAAAAAGUAACUAGACAAAAAAAAGCAACAACCUCUCCCCCCUGAUAAAUCUACGUCGCAUGCUCGGACCAAUUAACCUGGAAACGUCUUCAAUUUACCCUUGCUCUGACCCUUAAAUUGCUGGGAAAUUGGGCCAAAAUGAGCUCGUGGGGAACGGAUUGGGGAGUGAUUUUUUUUAUGUCGGCUUUUGUAGUUGUGCCAAGGGGGUAGUGGACUGAGUCCGCACUGUGCUGACAUUUCGGACGAAUUAAUGCAAUUUGAUUAACCUACAGUAACCUCUUAGAUGUUUUCUUUUCAUUUUUUUUUCUAUUUGACCAGAGAAUUUUCAAACAGAUUUAUUUUCUUUGAAUGAGACUUUGUUCAGCAAGUUGUUUACCAAACAGUGGUCACAAUAUUUAUACCGAUUUCAAACUUGGGAAAAUAAAAAAGUUGAAGGAUAAUAUU